GCGCAAUCACCGUCUCUUCCCUUUGUUUGACCCGUUGGACACCUGUAGCUUGUAGUGUCUCGCAGAAAGGCGUAGAAGACUUGAUAGACGACGCCUCUGGACCCUGUAGGCUGCGCCCGUCACCGCCUCACCUGACCCGUGCUUUUACAGCGCUUGCACUGCGAUUUUUCGGCCAUCAGGGCUUCACCGACUAUGGCGCCGGCCGCAGCACCGGAGCCGCUGUUCCGCAAGGAUGAGAAGGCUCUAUGUUUUCAUCAUGAGCUCUUGUACGAUGCGAAGGUUCUGGACGUGAAGCCCCUGGACGAGGAUGAUAAGAAGAGUGGUUUCCAGUACAAGGUUCACUACAAAGGCUGGAAGAACACCUGGGACGAUUGGGUCCCUGAAGAUCGCCUGCGUAAGGUAACUCAGGAGAACCGCGACCUGGCGAACAGUCUCCGGCAAGACAUGCUUGCCGCUCAACGCGCUGCUCGCGCAGCAUCUACUGCAAGCAAGAAGAAGACUCAGGGCUCUGCUCGAGGAAGCGAGGAGCGUCAGACCUCCGUCGCCGCCGCCGGUCCCCGUGGGCAGAAGAGGCUCAGGGAUCACGAUCUCGAAAAGGAGGAGACCUUUCAGGCUCGCCGCGCUGUGCGGAUCCCCAUGCCCGACAGGCUCAAGAGUCUGCUGGUCGAUGAUUGGGAGAAUGUCACCAAGAACCUCCAGCUGGUGUCGCUGCCCUCCAAGCGACCUGCCGGCAUCAUCCUCGACGAAUACUUUGCAGCGCAGAAGGCUCAGCGCAGGCUCAGCGCAGUCGAAACAGAUAUUCUCGAAGAAGUCAUCGCAGGACUGAAGGAGUACUUCAACCGGGCUCUCGGCCGACUUCUACUCUACCGCUUUGAGCGUGAGCAGCUCUUCGAGAUUCACUCCGAAAUGGAGAAGCCGACAUCCGACCUGGCUGGCAAGACCUAUGCGGACAUCUAUGGUGGCGAGCAUCUUCUUCGGCUUUUCGUGACCAUGCCUGAGCUGAUCGCCCAGACCAACAUGGAUGCACAGUCAGUGGGUAGGCUCCGCGAAGAGCUCACCAGCAUGCUGUCUUGGCUGAGCAAGGAGCCGCAAGCCAGCACUUUCUUCUCGUCUGUGUAUACCAGUCCCAGCCAGGAGUAUAUCGACAGGGCCAAGGCUAGCACUUAAGAGGCAGGCAGGCCGGCAGGGAGAGCACGGUCAAGAGAGUUCCAUCAUGUUGCGCCUUGGGCACCACUGUAUCAUUAUUCCUUACACGAUCUGCUCGUAUUGGCGCACCUUCAGGGCAUUCAGAUAUGGUUAUGGGUCACGGUGUUAGGGUUUCAUAUACCUCUUUGGGGGAAUAAGUUUGUGCAUCCGAGAUGGUACAAUGAGCGGUAUAGGUUAUGGAUUUCCUAGAUGUGCAGAG